AUGCCGCCGGUGGAAUUCAUCAACGAACGCCCAUGGUAUGGCUUAUCCUGUGUUAUUGCUUAUCCUGAAAUUGGAAUUUCGAUUACUUAUUUAUUCUUGUCCCCGAGCUUGGAAGGACCAAAAACUUCUGAGCACAACAAAGUACAGAAUAAAUUGAAAAAGAUAACAGCUCUAACCGACCAAUCUCAGAACCACCCCGGAAGCCCAUACCAAAACCAUCUCCCUCCCACAAUCCAGCGGAGAGCUUUCACCAUUCCAACCCAGGAAUCGGAGAAGACAACAGAGGGAAGCGCCAGCGCCGGCCAAACUACAGUCUGUCGCGAUGAGACAAGCGAUGCCCGCAAUCCCGCCCUCUCCACCGGGGGGGUCUCCUCAAUAACCGCCGCAGCAACCCGGAAAGGGCGACAUCUGCGCCGAGAGAGACGACCACACAGGGGCGAGAGCCGCGAACCGCGCCGGAGCAGGUACCCACGGUGGUGGAGCUGCGCUAAUUCGACCGAGAGGAGGCAGCAAGAUUUGACAGAUCUGCACGUCAUCGGAUUGGCAUCGGUGACGGGAGAGAGCGGACUCAAAGUGGUGAGGGGAGAGCCGUCGGAAAGGCCGCGGAUCGUGAGCCGAACCCACGAGCUCGUCAGCCCCACCAUUGGCAUCAGCGACAGCUCCCUCAAAUUCACUCAUGACCUCUACAACCUCUCGCCUGCCGCGAACGGCAAUGGGCGGGUGGUUGGGACGGGGAGGCACGGGCUGCCUAAGAUUCAGACGGAGAAGAAGGACAACGAGAUAUGCAUCGACGACAGCACCCCACCUGUUAGGGCUCAGACGAUUGACGAGCUCCAUUCCCUCCAGAAGAAGAAAUCAGCUCCUACUACGCCCAUCAAACCCCUUUCUUCCCAGGAGCAGCUCCAGUCUAUCAGCAAAAUCAAACUCUAUAAUAAUGUUGUUGAAAUUAGCGCCUCAUUGGCUUCUCUCACGAGAGAGAGCGGACCCAAAGUGGUGAGAGGAGACCCUGCGGAAAAGCCGUGUGUCGUGAGCCAUAGCCAACAGCAGCACGUCAGCCCCACAAUUGGCGUUAGUGACAGUUCCCUCAAAUUUACUCAUGUCCUCUACAACCUCUCGCCUGCCGAGCUUUACGAGCAGGCCAUUAAGUACGAGAAAGGAUCCUUUAUUACUUCUAGCGGUGCCAUAGCGACACUUUCAGGUGCCAAGACUGGCCGUUCCCCAAAGGACAAACGUGUCGUGAGAGAUGAAACGACUGAAGAUGAUCUUUGGUGGGGAAAGGGUUCUCCAAAUAUUGAGAUGGAUGAGCACACUUUCAUGGUUAACAGAGAAAGAGCGGUGGAUUACUUGAACUCCUUGGACAAGGUCUUUGUUAACGAUCAAUUCCUGAACUGGGACCCACAGCAUCGCAUCAAAGUCAGGAUCGUCUCGGCCAGGGCCUACCAUUCUCUGUUCAUGCAUAACAUGUGUAUCCGGCCAACUCCCGAGGAGCUUGAGAACUUCGGGACCCCCGACUUCACGAUCUACAAUGCUGGGCAGUUCCCAUGUAAUCGAUACACCCACUACAUGACAUCAUCCACCAGCGUAGACCUAAACCUGGGGAGGCGUGAAAUGGUCAUCCUUGGCACUCAGUAUGCUGGUGAGAUGAAGAAGGGCCUUUUUAGCGUCAUGCAUUACCUCAUGCCCAAGCGCCAAAUCCUCUCCCUCCACUCAGGCUGCAACAUGGGGAAAGACGGGGAUGUUGCUCUUUUCUUUGGAUUAUCUGGCACUGGGAAGACCACGUUGUCUACCGAUCACAAUCGGUUCCUGAUUGGAGAUGACGAGCACUGCUGGAGCGAAAAUGGUGUUUCGAACAUUGAGGGCGGAUGCUAUGCCAAGUGCAUUGAUUUGUCGAGGGAGAAGGAGCCUGAUAUUUGGAACGCGAUCAAGUUCGGGACCGUGUUGGAGAAUGUGGUGUUUGAUGAGCACACAAGAGAAGUGGAUUACUCGGACAAAUCCGUCACAGAGAACACUCGAGCGGCUUAUCCGAUUGAAUACAUCCCCAAUGCUAAGAUCCCGUGUGUGGCCUCACACCCGAAGAAUGUGAUUCUACUGGCUUGUGAUGCUUUUGGCGUGCUUCCACCUGUGAGCAAGCUGAGUCUUGCACAGACCAUGUACCACUUCAUCAGUGGCUACACUGCUCUGGUUGCUGGCACGGAGGAUGGAAUCAAGGAGCCACAAGCGACAUUCUCGGCUUGCUUUGGGGCAGCCUUUAUAAUGUUGCAUCCCACAAAAUAUGCAGCAAUGUUGGCUGCUAAGAUGCAAAAGCACGGUGCCACUGGGUGGCUAGUCAACACUGGCUGGUCUGGUGGAAGUUAUGGGUCCGGGAGCCGUAUCAAGCUGGCAUACACUAGGAAAAUAAUUGAUGCUAUUCACUCGGGCAGCCUAUUAGACGCGGACUAUAAGAAAACUGAGGUUUUUGGGCUCGAAAUCCCGACUGAGGUCGAGGGUGUGCCUUCUGAAAUAUUGGAACCUACAAACACCUGGUCGGAUAAGAAUGCUUACAAGGAGACGCUGCUGAACUUGGCUGGGCUGUUCAAGAACAACUUUGGAGGCUUUGUGGCUCACAAGAUUGGAAAGGACGACAAGUUGACUGAUGAAAUCCUUGCUGCAGGUCCGGUUUUCUGAUCAGCCACUGGAAAGAAGAAUAAAAUAAUUCUCUUUCUAUAAAUUAAAUGAAAAACGAGAUGCAAGUUGUACUCUGAGCGGCAUGUACAAAAGGCUUCAGUGAAUUGCCUCAACAUAAAGGCUUCACUGAACUGCCUCAA